UGACACAAUAAUCUGUUCUGUUUCCCUUUAUUGCGUCUUAUCGCUACAUUUCUCUGGGCACGUCUUGUGGACCAAUAAAACAGUCUUAGUUUUAAGAGAAUGACACUCUUUUGUAUUGAAAACAUCACUUUGAGAUUUCGUGAUAUCACGAAUAUUUUUGUUGUUUUCGCUCUAACAAUUUGCAUUCAACCAACAAGAAUGGAAGUUUCAAGCAACACACGUGACAUCAACUCUUAUGUCCAGCACAAUUGUUCUAGAUCUAUCCCAUGUGUUCAAAGUAAAAAAUAUAUAAUAGCAUGUCCUCCAGGCUUGACGAAUCAUACAUUGAUCAUUUAUUGCAAGCUUGCUCAAGAGUGUUGGCAUAAAAAGGCUCCAGACCUCCUACAGGUGAAAUUUAAUUCAAGUGUUCACCAAAAAAUACCUUUACAAUUGAACAAGAUUCAUUCAAAAAGUAACGAAAACGUUUGUAAAAGAAUCAGAACAGUUAAGCUUCUAGUUAACAAAACUCUUACAAAGCUGCCAACUAUCAAUACCUAUAGAAUUCUACCAAUUACUAAGAUUUACACUAAACUGUCAACUAAAAACACCAACACAAAUAUUUUUAAAAAAGAAACUACAAACAUUUUAGGUUAUAACGAUAAUCAAAAUGCAAACAAUUUAAAGAAUACACGUGUUUACAUAAAAAAUAAUCUAAAUAAAAUAGCAAAUAAUUUUUCGCAUCCAUUUCACACCAAAACAGCUAAAAUAAAAUUAACUAAUUUCAUCAAUAAUAAAUCUAGGUUGCAGACUUCUUUACAAGUAUUUUCAAAUGAACAUUAUUUGAAAAAUAUGUCAUUUGAUGAAAAAUAUAAAUUAGUAAACUAUUUACCAACUAAUGUUUCCUAUAGACAUAGGUUUCAUUGCAAUCAUGGGAAGAAGAACUGCCUGUUAAAAAUUAACGGACGAAAAUUUCAUAUAGACUACAGACUGAAUUCGAAUGAUACAAAUAAAAAGCUUUAUGGAAACCCAUAUAACUUAAAUAAAGACAUUCAAGGUAAAUCCGAUAAGAUGAAGAAGAACAAAAGAAAAUUAAAAAAUUCGCAGAAUAAAUCGUAUAAUGUCCAGAACAAAUUUUAUAAUGCUCAGAGUAAAUCCAAUUAUCUCCGGAAUAAAUUGUAUAAUACCCAAAGAAACUCUCAAAAUGUUCAAAAUAAAUUUUAUAAUGCCCAGAGUACAUCUCAUAACGUCCCGAAAACCUUUUACAAUACUCGGAGUAAAUUUCAUAAGCAACUGACUAUAUCUAAUAAUGGCCAGAGUAAAUAUUUCAAUGACAAUGCCCCGAGUAAAUCUAAUUAUGGCCUAAGCAGGCUAUAUAAUGGCCAGAGUAAAUCUAAUUAUGGCCCAAGCAGGCUAUAUAAUGGCCAGAGUAAAUCGUAUAGUGGCCAGAGCAAACUAUAUAAUGGCCAGAGUAAAUCUUAUAGUGGCCAGAACAAACUAUAUAAUGGUCAGAGUAAAUCUUAUAGUGGCCAGAGCAAACUAUAUAAUGGCCAGAGUAAAUCUUAUAGUGGCCAGAACAAACUAUAUAAUGGUCAGAGUAAAUCUUAUAGUGGCCAGAGCAAACUAUAUAAUGGCCAGAGUAGAUCUAAUGCCCAUAUAAUUUUUUUUAAUGGUCAGACUAAAUUUUUCAGGGCUAAGAAUACAUUUCACAAUGCACAGGUGAACAUGUACAAUGUUCUAAAUACAUUGGAUAAUGGUCACAGUAGAUUUUAUAGUGCCCAAAUUAAUCCACCUAAUGCCAACAGUAAAAUUUAUAAUGCUUGGGAGAAGUCUUAUAAUAGCCAGGGUAAAUUUUAUAACACUCUAAAUAAAUUGUAUAAUGCCUCGAAUAAAUUUUAUAAUGCCGAGAGGAAAUCAUAUGGUACCUAUAGUAUAACUAAUAAAACUCAAGGGAAAUUAAGAAAUAGCAAAAAAAUUCAUAAGGCCCAAAGUUUAUAUAAUAAUCAUUCAAAUACAAACUAUAACGUUACAAAUAAAAAUAAGACAUAUUCCAAAAAGAAAACAUCUCAAUUGAUGGUCUGCUAUUACACAAAUUGGGCCCAGUACAGAAGAGGACAAGCACAAUUUCUACCAGAGGACAUUGAUGUCAAUUUGUGUACACACAUUCAUUAUGCUUUUGCUUACAUUAGCAAUGACAGUAGUAUGUCAACGUCAGAAUGGAAUGAUGAAAAUACACAGAGUAGCCUAGCAAUGUACAAAAGAGUGACAAAGAUUAAACAAAAAAAUCCUAGCAUAAAAAUACUCCUAUCAGUCGGUGGAUGGGAUUUGUUAUCACAGCCAUUCUCUCUGAUGGUGUCUACAAAAGAAAGGAAACAUAUUUUUAUACAGUCAGCUAUAGCAUUAUUGAGAAAAUGGAAUUUUGAUGGGUUGGAUAUUGACUGGGAGUAUCCAGCACAUAGGGGUAGCCCUGCAGAUGAUAAAGAAAGAUUUACUCUGCUGGCUCAGGACAUAAUGAAAGCUUUCAAAAUAGAAAGUCAAAGUACUGGUCAAUCAAGAUUACUUUUGUCUGCUGCUGUCGCUGCCUGUAAAGAUAUAGUUGACAAAGCAUAUGAAAUUUCUCUCAUCUCAAAGGUAUUUGACUACAUAAAUCUGAUGAGCUAUGACUUUUAUGGUAGCUGGGAUAAUGCGACUGGUCAUGUAAGUCCAUUGUAUCCACCUAAUCAGACGGUAGAUGAGACAGAAAUAUAUUAUAACCUGCACUUUGCAACAAACUACUGGGUGAACCAAGGUCUUCCCAGAGAGAAGCUCGUGGUUGGUCUGAUUACUUAUGGACGAUCUUUUACUCUUAAGAGUCCGAAUCUCUCUGGUCUGAAAGCCCCAGUUAAGGGACCAGGUGUAGCUGGCGAGUACACAAGAUAUGAAGGAAUUUUAUCUUUUUAUGAGAUUUAUAAGAUGAUACAAAAUGGAGGCAAAGUCAGGAGAUUAGACAAUCAGAUGGUGCCUUAUAUGGUUUAUAAUAAUCAAUGGGUUGCAUAUGAAGACAGUCAAAGUUUAAUAGAAAAAGCCAAAUAUAUAAAAAGGAAUCACUUUGCUGGAGUCAUGAUCUGGGCCCUUGAUAUGGAUGACUUUAACGGGGCUUUUACUGGUCAAGGUGCAUAUCCAUUGACUAAAGCAGUUAGAAGCAUUGUUGGGUAACUGAACAGUAUGAAAACAGAGGAAUUAACAAUGAACAUGUGAAAUUCUGACACACACACACCAACACAUUCUCACACAAAUUGCCAGACGCUUACUCGCACAUAAUACAUAUAUAUAUAUAUAUAUAUAUAUAUAUAUAUAUAUAUAUAUAUAUAUAUAUAUAUAUAUAUAUAUAUAUAUAUAUAUAUAUAUAUAUAUAUAUAUAUAUAUAUAUAUGGGUGUGUCUGUAUAAUACAGAGUGUUAAUAUGUUUACUACUACGUCAUUGUUUGUUGCUGUUUUGUAAAAACUAAUUAUCAAAAUGUCACGCAAUAAAAUGAAAUCUUUAAUUUAUAGUGUAACUAUAGUUAAUGUGGAUUAAUUCACUAGCCAGUCUUAUAUCUACAUUAUUGUAUUUCUCUAUAGAAACAGAUCAUGUUGCCAAGUUAUGGUGUUUGAAGUGCAUUUAGAUUAUUACUGCAGUGUCAGUUUGUUAUAGAUUUAUGAAUGAUUGGAUUAGUCGAUCCUCCUAAACCU